AUGCCCACGCCGCUGCAGCCCGGCGGCCCCGCUAGCGGCCCGCCCCCGGAGCGCAAGCGGCGCCGCAAGCGCGACGAUCCGCAGAGUUCAGCUGCGCUCGAGCCUGACGACGACGACGGCGACAUGAGCCCAGAGGAAGAACCGCGCAACGCGCCCGCGGCUCCCGCGGCGCCAACCCCAGCGCCCUCUUCUGCACCCGCGCCGACCUCACCUCCCGCCGCGCCAGAUGCCGUCGACCUUACCUCGCACAGAGACUCUCCGCCGCUCUCCUCCGACGUCGAAAGAUUUGACGGCAAAAUCGUCUACAACCCUGAUGGAUCUGCCUAUAUCAUCGAGGACCCUGAAUUAUCAGAAGGAGAAACGAGCAUACCCGAUCUACCAAAAAUAGAACCUGGGUGUAUCGUAGAUAGUCGCGACAACAACGUAGUGGAAAGACAGCUCGAUUUCCCACAGAUAGCGAGCGCGUUCUACGUGUCAAGAAACCCUUCGUUGUAUGGAGCGUUGUAUGGAAGACUGGCAGCAGAACGAGCGCGAGCGAGACCCGACGCGCCUGUUAUGCACAGUUACCGAGUAUUUAGUUUUCGCGGAGGAAAGGACGCUCCUAGACCGCCAUCUCCUCCAACUGAGUGUCCUGUUAGCGUACCAGUCAAACCUAUCCUAAUGUGUUUUAUUUGUAAAUUGAGUUUUGGCUAUGCAAAAUCAUUUGUAGCGCAUGCACAAGCGGACCACAGUUUAUCGUUACUGGACUCUGAAAGAGACGCCUUAUCGAGAGAGAAUGCUUCUGCUAUUAUACAGUGCGUGGGCAAAGAUAAAGAGCCACUAGUCUCAUUUUUAGAACCUGUUGGUGCUGCCGCGCCACCUCGGUUAUCAUCUUCGGGAAGCCCUAAUAUGACAGAAUUACCAAGCCCAUCAUUAGACAAGCGACAAGAUUUAAUGUCGAGCGACAGAGAUACCGAGUCAAUGCUAUUAAACGGAACGUGUGAUGAGAGGAAACCAAGCCCAACAGCGGCAUGGAGGCCGCCACGGUCGAUAGCCGAAUCUUUAAUGCCACAACAUUCCUUGAUCUCCGUGGCACAUCCACAUACGAUUAAUGCUUCAGUGCAACCACGGGCCAGUCCUAACUCAUCCCCACCAUUUCAAGCUACACCGCCUGCCUUCCUUUCUGGAACGACGAUAGGUGUUUGCCCAGAUCACUUAGGAGGAAGGCCGUCUGGUGCAGAUUGUCCAAAAUGUGAAUUGAUUCUGAACUCAGGUAGAUUAGGUGGCCCACUAGCUGGUAUGCAUAGUCGGAAUUCCUGCAAAACCUUGAAAUGUCCCAAAUGUAAUUGGCAUUAUAAAUACCAAGAGACAUUAGAAAUACAUAUGAAAGAGAAACAUCCUGAAGCUGAGACGAGUUGCAUAUAUUGCAUAGCUGGACAACCACAUCCUCGGCUGGCCCGUGGAGAAACAUACACAUGUGGCUACAAACCAUACCGUUGUGAAGUAUGUAACUACUCGACUACUACUAAGGGUAAUCUAAGUAUACACAUGCAAUCUGAUAAACAUCUAAAUAAUAUGCAAGAGCUUCAAAAUGGUGGCAACCCUGGCGAAGGAACUUUACCUCCUGCCCCUCAACAUACUCCGCCAGGCCCACACAAACCACCACUGCCGCAUCAUUCACCCUUAGGUCAAAAACCAAAGCCAACCUUCCGCUGCGAUGUUUGUAACUAUGAAACAAACGUUGCACGUAAUCUGAGGAUACACAUGACUUCCGAAAAGCAUACCCACAACAUGCUUGUUUUGCAGCAAAACGUUAAACAUAUGCAGACGUUAUCAGCUCUUCACCACAGGCAACAAAGUCAACAACAACUUGAAAGUUUAUUGCAUUUCCAUGGUGGCGAUGCUCCACCUCCUAACCCUGAAGCUGCUCUUGCUGAUAUGGCUUACAACCAGGCCUUGAUGAUUCAACUAAUGACUGGAGGCCCAGGUCCUUCACCUCCUGAAUUAGGAGCUCAUCUUGAUGUUGGUUUAAAUCCAGAAGCAAUGGAACCUCCACCAGAGCCUGCUGAUCCAGAGCCAGAGAGAACAUACCAUUGUUGCAUCUGCAACUGUUUCUCAACCGAUUCCUUAGAAGCACUGGGCCAUCACUUGGCCCAGGACCGCACGAAAAUCAGAGAACAGGAGAUUCUGGCUUUAGUAGCUGGUCACUAUGUGUGCAAAUUAUGCACAUACAAAACCAACUUAAAAGCUAAUUUCCAGCUACAUUGCAAAACUGACAAACACUUACAGAGGCUUCAGCAUGUAAACCAUGUCAAAGAGGGUGGACCAAGGAAUGAAUGGAAACUGAAGUUCUGUGGUGGUGUUGGAACAGGUGGUGCAAGCGUCGGUGGUGUACAGGUUCGAUGCUGUGCGUGUGAUUACUAUACUAAUUCUGCGCACAAACUGCAGCUUCAUGCAGCAGGUGCGAGACAUGAAGCCGCUGCCUUACUAUUGAGACAUCUUCGCGAGUGCGCGACACGUAUUCCUCGAGAACGUCCCCGAGUAUACCGCUGUGCUCUCUGUGGCUUCGGAGCACCCCAUCGACUGCCACUUCUGCAACACGUUCGAUCGGUAAAACAUAUGCAGAUGGAACAAAUUCACCAGCUCCAACGUCGCUCUGAGGGCAAAGACCCAACCCCUGAUGUAGCUGAACUGUUCCAAGUCAUCCCUCAGCCAUCUGAGUUACCGAGCCCGUACGAUCAGCAAGAUAAUGACACUAAGGAGCCGAUCGACCAGAAACCAGAGUUAACUCAAGAACAAAAGAUGAUGAGAUUUUUGGAACAACAUCAGCAACAACAACAACAACAACAGCAGCAGCCGCAACAACAACAACAUGUAUCGCAACAAAUUCAGCAAAGUUCCAGUGAGAGGGAGGAAGAACGAGAGACUCCCGGACCACACGCGUGUCCUUAUUGUAAUUUUAGUUGUUCGAACGAGUCUCGCCUACACGCACAUGUCACCUCCGUACAUGGCGACCCGUCUCGACAUUUCAUUUGCCCUCUUUGCCAAGAUGGCUUCAAGGAACGACCAGCCCUCGAACGACACGUCAUGCAAAUCCAUUCCGUUAACUCGGAAGGACUACAGAGACUGCUAUUACUUGUUGACCAAAGCCAUUGGUUGAAUGGUGGAGCCCAAUCCCAAAGAGACGAAUCUCGACAAGGUGACGAUGAGCGAGAAAUUUCCUCACCACGAUCGGAGGGAAGUGCUGAUGGUGAAACUGAGAGGUGUUCGACUUGCAACCGCACCUUUAGAAACGUUGAUGAAUUAUGUCACCAUCAGAAUGAGUCCGGCCACCUCGAACUAAAACAAACACCGCAAGGGCCGGGUUACGUGUGUUGGAAGAAAGGAUGCAAUCGAUACUUUGACGCAGCUCAUGCUCUACAAAAUCACUUCAGAGAAGCACAUGCGCGUAACUCUAUUGCCAACAUGUCAGUGUCUGAAAAACAUGUGUAUAAGUACCGUUGCAAUCAGUGCAGUCUGGCGUUUAAGACAAUUGAAAAACUACAGCUACAUUCACAAUAUCAUGUUAUAAGAGAUGCAACCAAGUGUGUGCUGUGCGGUAGAAGUUUUAGAUCUGUGUUAGCACUACAGAAGCACGUUGAAACUUCCCAUCCUGAAUUAUCUGAAGAAGAACUGAGUGCCUUUAAACGCAGUUUAGCAUCGAAUCCUUUAUUACAAGCUGCACAAGGCACAGCUCUAGAUGCUGCUACUGCUGAGCUUUUACGUAAAGAAGCGUUAAGAACUCCAGAUGAUGACCUCGCCGAUGUUGAAGAUAGAGACUCUAGUGCAACAGUCGCUGAUGAGUCCGGACAUAAUGAUGCUGAAAACUCGGAUGACUCAAUAAUUUACAAAGAUCAACAAUUCUUGGAAGAUUAUUUAAAUUCUCAAGCAAUGGCUGAAGACUCAUACAAUGACCCAAAUAGAAAAUAUAAGUGUCACCGGUGCAAGGUUGCGUUUACACGACAAUCUUAUUUGACUGCACAUAAUAAGACACUCCUGCAUAGAAAAGGUGAAAAGUUAACCUACCCCAUGGAAAAAUAUCUAGAUCCAAACAGACCAUUCAAGUGUGACGUAUGCAAGGAAUCUUUCACGCAAAAGAAUAUUUUACUUGUUCACUACAAUAGUGUGAGCCAUUUACAUAAAUUGAAGCGAGCUAUGCAAGAACAACAGAAUAAUAAUAAUCCUCCCGUGUCGCCCGGGGCGGGUUCUGCGCCAUCUAAUUUGACACUUACACCCAAAAGUACAUCGAGCGAGGAAGAUGACCGCAAACGAUAUAAAUGUAACAUUUGUAAAGUUGCAUACACACAGGGUAGUACGCUCGACAUACACAUGAGAUCGGUGCUUCACCAAACACGUGCUGGCAAAUUACAAGAACUAGCCGCAGCUGGACACGUGGACUUGUCACGACCCCUAGUGGAGCAGCCUGACCGGACCGACCCCGCCAAAAUAUUACAAGACGUGUUGUCGCCGAAAAAUACAUCCCCUUCGUCUACAAGCAGCGGGGGCCCGCGUUCCUCACCCCCUGCGCGCCCAGGUAGCCCGCGUUCGCCCCGCGCAGGUAACAUUACGUGCGAACGCUGUCAGACGUCAUUCCCUAACGGGGAGUUACUCGAGGCACAUCGAGCGACGUCAUGUCCGUACGGCGAUGCGCGGGCGCAUUCGCCGCUUGGCGAAGCUGAAACAGCUGCACUUGACGAGAUGGUGGCCAAGGGUAACCCGCCCAAACGGAAUUCACAAAUGUAUAAGCAAUUAUUAGAAACCUUUGGAUUCGAUCUCGUUAUGCAAUACAAUGAAAAUCAGCGGAGAAAAAUACAGGAAGAACGAGAGAUGGUGCGUGUACCAAGUCCACCGCCGCCGCCUCCUGAGGAAAAGCCUCCGGACGGUGAAUCCAAAUCUACGUGUCAACAUUGCAAUAAAGAAUUUUCAAGUGUGUUCGUUCUUAAAACCCAUUGUGAGGAAGUGCACAAGGAUAAAGUACCUCUAGAAUUUCUAGAGCAGUUUGCGGAACAGUUUAAAUCGGAAUAUGAAAGGAAGUCUGGUGCACCUAACUCACCUCGUGCUGCCUCUCCCGCGCCGCAAGGUGACAGGUCACCGUCUCCACGUGGUGACAAUAGUGGAAACUUUAAUGAAAAUGGAAGUGCACAAGGUGAUGCGCAAGCUGGAGCGCUACUGGCUGCGCAAGUGCAAGAGAUGCAGGCAGCAUUAAAUAUGAUUCAGCUACAACAACAACUAGGACAACUGCAUCCGAUGGUAGCUCAGAUGUUAUCGUUGGGGCUGCCUCUAGGUUUGAACGUCGGAGCACUAGCUGCCAUGAACCUUCAACCACCAUUGGUGCCGUUAAUGCUACCACCUCCUCCAUUCGAUGCAAUGCCCUUCGCCCACGACGCCCAGAUGAAACAACAACAAUUAUUACAGCAGCAGCAACAGGCUAAUGCUGCAGCUGGUCAAAAGAGAGCGCGUACACGCAUCACUGAUGAACAACUGAAAAUUUUGAGAGCACAUUUUGACAUUAACAAUUCGCCCAGUGACGAGGCUAUCGCGAAAAUGGCCCAACAGUCUGGACUCGCUACAAAGGUAAUCAAACAUUGGUUCAGAAAUACUCUUUUCAAGGAGCGACAGCGAAACAAAGAUUCACCUUAUAAUUUCAACAAUCCUCCUUCUACGACCCUCAAUUUGGAAGAGUAUGAAAAAACUGGUGAGGCCAAAGUAACAACUUUGGAUUCAUCAGCAAGCUCUGAUGAAGGAAAGCCACCACCUGAAAAAAAGGCUAAAAUUGAAGAUACUAGUAUGCUAAUGCAUCAAGAAGUUAAGUCGGAACCCAACGAUGAGCCAACGAUGGAGGAAAAAUACAAUUCAUAUGACGAUCGACACCAAGAAGACAAAAGCUUUAUCUUUCCUCAAGCACCAUCGCAGAGCCCAGCACCAAUGAUUCAAAACAAUGAUCACCAUCAUCAAAACAAAUCGCGACCUCAAACACCAACGCACAUUUCAUUAAACUCGUUAAUUCAAUCUCAAUUAGAUUCGAUUCCGGCAACUAGUAUACCACAGCCGCCUCAUCCAUCGAUGUUACCACCAAAAUUGAAUCCUAAUUUCACGUCCCCAAACUCCGCGCCCCCGAACGUCCUACCUUUGACCCCGAAUCGCAGCCUCAGCCCUGGCAGAGGGCCGGCCGAUUUCGGACUUUCCGGGGGCAAUUCGAACGGAUCCAACAGCUCAACGGGGUCUUCUGGCAAACGCGCCAACAGAACUAGAUUUACAGAUUAUCAAAUCAAAGUAUUACAAGAGUUUUUUGAAAAUAAUGCAUAUCCCAAAGAUGAUGAUCUCGAAUAUUUGUCAAAGUUAUUGGGGUUAAGCCCUAGAGUGAUUGUAGUCUGGUUUCAAAACGCACGCCAAAAAGCCAGAAAAGUCUAUGAAAACCAACCAGCCGCAGAUCCGCCUGCGAGUGCCACGGAUGAUGCCAAUAGAUUUCAACGUACUCCAGGCCUUAACUAUCAAUGUAAAAAGUGCCAAUUAGUAUUUCAAAGGUACUAUGAACUUAUAAGACAUCAAAAGACGCAUUGUUUCAAAGAAGAAGAUGCAAAAAGAUCAGCACAAGCACAGGCUGCAGCGGCUCAAGUUGCAGCUACAUUAAGCAGUGAGGAUUCCAAUUCGAGCAAUGUAGAACAUCACCCUCCCCACGUGCCAGUCUCACCUGCGCCGCCUCGUACGCCGACUCCCGCGGCACCUAACUACCCUGUGUCGCCAGCACCGCCUGCGCCGUUAACACCUGUUACCCCACUAUCGCACACACCUCGUGAAGAAAAAGAUGGAAAUUUUCAGUGUGAUAAAUGUAACCUAGUCUUCCCUCGUUUUGACUUAUGGCGAGAACACCAACUGGUUCACAUAAUGAACCCAAACUUAUUUCCCACAUAUCCACCCGAUUCCCCUUUUGGAAUUUUGCAACAACAUGCACAACUACAACAACUAAAUGCAAGCCUUGGCAGUGAUGAAGUUCGCCAUCCUUUAGUAGCGGCUCUCAACCAACAAGUCGCUAAAAGGAAAUUUGAUGAGUAUGAAGAAGUUGAAACAGGUGAACAGCCAAAAGACAAACGCUUAAGAACUACAAUUCUACCGGAACAACUGGAUUACCUCUACCAAAAAUACCAAAUCGAAUCUAAUCCAUCUCGUAAAAUGCUUGAAAACAUAGCACGCGAAGUUGGACUAAAAAAAAGAGUGGUACAAGUUUGGUUUCAAAAUACUAGAGCACGUGAGAGGAAAGGACAAUUCCGAGCACAUGCACAAGUCAUAAAUAAAAGAUGUCCAUUUUGUCCAGCGUUAUUUAAAGUAAAAAGUGCCCUAGAAAGUCAUUUGAGCACCAAACACGCAGAUCAGUGUGCGAGAGGUGAGAUCAAUGUAGAUGCAUUACCUGAUGAAGAAUUGAGUACAGAAUCAACCCCGAGUUUCGGGUCUCAACAAAGUGAUCGGCAGCAAAAUUUUUCCCAAGCGGGGGCUCCCAUGUUGCCCCCUAUUUUUCCACCUUUUCACUCAGACAUGGAGAAAUUUAUCAAGCAGUACAGUGAAGAAUCAAUGAAACGCUAUGUAAGUGAAUUACAAGCGCAUGCGGCCGCUCAACAGAAUGGCGGCGGAAAUGAACCAACUGAACGACGUCCCGAACAUGGAAAAUCAGAGAUACCUUUAGAUCUCAGUAAACCAGUUGAUCUGUCACGACCUGGAUCUGACGCUGACGAGCGCUCCGACACGGCUUCUGAAACUAUGGAAUUCUAUGAAGAAGACGAGCCGACCUCGCCUCUCCCCGGCCAGCAACAAACGACUCGGCCGCCGGGAAAACGUUAUCGCACGCAAAUGUCAUCCUUGCAAGUAAAGAUUAUGAAAUCCUUAUUCGGGGACUACAAAACUCCGACUAUGGCGGAAUGCGAGGCGCUCGGUCGAGAAAUUGGACUACCCAAACGUGUAGUGCAAGUUUGGUUCCAAAAUGCACGUGCCAAAGAGAAGAAGGCGCGCCUGGCUGCCGGACUCAUGGAGGUGUCCGAUGCGCCGCCGCCGGAAGAGUGUCGAGUAUGUGACUUCAAAUACAGUCAUAAAUACUCGGUGCAGGACCAUGUGUUCACACGUGGUCACAUCGCGGCUGUACGCGCGCGGCUCGAAAGUGGUGCAGGCGGCGGCGAUGACAGCACGCUCGCGCUCAUGCAGAUGGCAGCGCGUCUUGAGAGCGGCAUGGGCGGCGACUUGCACAACGCGUUCCUGCGGCCGCAGCUCGCCGGCAAUGGUGAGUGUACAACUUGA